CAGCGGGGUUCUGCAUCCUCUUCCCCUGCCCUGACCAUUUGCUUUUUACCCCCAUCCCCUUUAGUUCCUCCUCUACUCUAUUAUAUGGAGAAUUAUCUCGUAUUUCUUUUUUUUAUACCAAAAAACUAAUAAUGGAGUGGGGGCCAGUGUCGUUGUUUGGUACCAGUCACGGACCAUCACUGAUCCAGAGAACAAUUUCAUGCAGUGGUUAGUUUCUGAUACGUGGGACUUGGCUUUAUUUCUUCUUGAAGGACAGGGAUCUACGUUAUGUACGUAGAAGCCAUAAUGACAGUUUUGAUUUUUGUUACGAAGUGUGAAGUACAGAUUUCACAGUUGAAUAAGGCAUUGGCCCAGGAGUGGCAACUCUGUCUCUUUGACUGAAGCAAACAAGAAGAAGAAACAAAAGUGUGCUACUGCUGUAGUCUUCAACGUCUACUCCUCAAGACACAGUUAUGACAAGCGUAACAACAAAACACAAAAUAUGAAAAUGUGGACAUUAAUUUCCGCGUAAACAUAUUUUGUAACAAUAAUAAUAAUGGUCAACGUGUGUAACAAAACAGAGAAAGUUACUUAGUAAUUAAGCGUUUCUUAGAAAUACUUAUAUUAUUGACUGUUUAGGAUUUUAGUGGUUAAUUUAACUUUGAAGCUACAUUUAAUUAUGGUUACAUGAAGUUUAAUUUCAAUUUUGAAUGUGUAAGUGUCUGAAAUGUUUUAUGGACGUAACAGUCGAUUAGCAUUGAUCAUGGUUGACGUUCUGAAGCGGUUUGAGGCUGCCCAAAAUGGUUUAAAAGUGAUUAGAAACAGGUCUCAAUUGAUAUUACUACCCAUGACAAGUAAGACUGGAACUGAGCUAGUGAGUUAUUUUAAAUAAAAUUCUGAAAUCCGAAAACUUUCUCUAUAUUUGCUACUGUUUAGGGUUUAAAACAUCGUGGUUUUAAAUGAAUACCAACAUUUAUUUAUAUAUAAAGUGACAUUUGAUUUGUAAACUAUCUAUAAUUUGUGUCACGUGAACAAAGCGCUGUGUAUAAUCGACGCUGUUUCAUCUAUAAAAUUUGUUAAUUAUAUAUUUUUUUUAAAAGAUUCAGAUGCUUGUGAAGUAGUGUACAAAAUACUUUCAUAUAUUAUAACAUUCUUGAAUAAGUUUGUAUAUUGAUAUUUGAAAUUAAGAAACCCUCUAAUGUCGGACAAUUAACUCUAUACACGGCAGUGGUGACUAUGUGUACCACCUACUUAAUCGGUUUAAAAUUCUGAAUUCUGGUCUCAGUAAUAUCCUUGCAGAUUUCAUUUGAUAGUCAAAUCAAACAAUGAUUAUUUUCAUGAACAUAAUAGCCAACUAAACGUUAUUUGGGAGAUGUACGUUUUCUUGAAGGUAGGGACCGAGUUUUUAUAUAUUGUCUGGUUGAACUUCGCACUUUAAAGUGUUGGUCCAUCAAAAAAGGAUUUGAACGGCAAAUUGAGUACAUCUUCUGGAUCAGAACAACACAAACAUGAACCCAAGUAAGAAAGGUGGAGGGACAGGAAACAAAGGUGCCAACGGCGAUGAUAAGUCCUCCGGAGGAGGCAAAGAUGACACCGGAAAUGCGGGAGACAAAGUCAGCUCCGGGGGUGACACAGAAAGCGUUGGGUCAGGAAAGAAGCCAGGCAGUGCGGGAGUGUCAACAAGGGAUGCAGCCCUCAAGGUCCUCCAACUCUCCCAAAAGGGUGAGUGGCCCCCUGUGGAUCAAGCCCUGAAAGCCCUGGAGAAGAUCGUGGCUUCUGGAGGAGAAGACACCAAUACCACACCUCUGCUAGGGGUCCUCGACCCGGCGACGGGGAUGACUCCGCUGCUGUACGCUGUCAAGGACAACAGGGCAGCUCUGCUGGACCGAAUGAUCGAACUGGGAGCAGACGUCUGUGCAAGGAACAAUGACAAUUACAACGCUCUUCACAUUGCGGCUAUGCAUUCUAGAGAAGACAUCGUGAAGAUUCUGCUGACCAAGAAGGGCGUCGACCCGUUUGCAUCUGGAGGGCCCAGAAUGCAGACAGCGGUCCACCUGGUAGCGAGCCGGCAGACGGGAACGGCUACCAGUAUACUCAGGUUACUGCUCAACACGGCCGGCAAGGAGAUUCGCCUCAAACCCGACUCGAGAGGCAAGGUACCGUUGCUGCUCGCUGUGGAGGCAGGAAACCAAUCCAUGUGCAGGGAACUCCUGGGACAACAAGCAGCCGAUCAACUGAAGGCAACCACGGACAACGGCGACGCGGCUAUACACCUCGCGGCACGGCGUCGAGACAUCGAUAUGGUCAGGAUAUUGGUCGACUAUGGGACAAACGUUGACAUGCAGAAUGGGGAGGGUCAGACGGCGCUCCACAUUGCAGCAGCAGAAGGGGACGAAACUCUAGUCAAGUAUUUCUAUGGCGUUCGAGCAAAUGCGGCUAUCGUGGACAAUCAAGAUCGAACUCCUAUGCAUCUAGCAGCAGAGAAUGGACAUGCAACAAUAAUUGAACUUUUGGCUGACAAGUAUAAGGCCUCUAUCUUUGAACGUACAAAAGAUGGCAGCACACUCAUGCACAUUGCAUCCCUUAAUGGGCAUGCAGAAUGUGCCAUGAUGUUAUUCAAGAAGGGCGUCUACCUACACAUGCCGAAUAAGGGAGGAGCAAGAAGCAUCCAUACCGCCGCGCGGUAUGGUCAUGUUGGGAUCAUCAACACACUUCUUCAGAAGGGGGAAAAAGUUGAUGUCACUACUAACGACAACUACACAGCACUCCACAUUGCAGUUGAGUCAGCCAAACCAGCUGUUGUGGAGACACUGCUCGGGUAUGGAGCCGAUGUUCAUGUCACAGGCGGAAAGCUACGUGAAACACCACUGCAUAUUGCUGCACGUGUGAAGGAUGGGGACAGGUGUGCCCUCAUGCUCCUUAAAUCUGGUGCAGGCCCCAACAUAAAGACAGAUGAUGGUCAGACACCUGUCCAUGUUGCAGCAAAGCAUGGAAAUUUAAUAACUCUGAUGCUCCUCAUGGAUGAUGGUGGAGACCCACUUCGAAAAUCGAAGAGUGGAGAAACCCCAUUGCAUCUGGCAUGUCGUAGCUGUCAUGCAGAUGUUGUUCGUCAUCUGAUCACAUUUGUUCGUGAUAAGAAAGGUGCUGAGGCGGCAAAGAAUUACGUGAAUGCUGUAAAUGAUGAGGGUGCUGGCGCACUCCACUAUGCGGCUCAGAUCACUAAGGAUGAGGUGGAAGAGCCUUUAAGUGACAAGGAGGUUAUGAAACUUCUGCUAGGUGAUGGAGCUGAUGUGAACCAGGCAACUAAGCAGGCACAGGAGACACCUUUUCAUUAUGUAGCCUUGGCAGGCAACAAUGAUGUGCUGGUAGAGAUGCUCUCCCAUUUGGGCCAGACAGAGGUGCAGAAGGCCUUGAACAGACAGAAUUCAAUAGGCUGGACACCCCUGUUGAUUGCCUGCCACUCUGGCCACAUGGAGAUGGUGAACACUUUGCUAAACAACCACGCCAGGGUAGAUGUGUUUGAUAAUGAGGGUCGUUCAGCCCUCCAUCUUGCUGCUGAUAGAGGGUAUCUUCAGGUGUGCGAUGCCCUGCUCACUCACAAAGCAUUCAUUAACAGCAAGUCUCGAGUUGGUCGCACAGCACUUCAUCUUGCGGCUCUCAAUGGCUAUGCCCACCUGGUCAGGUUCCUGGUCCAAGACCACAAUGCAGUGAUUGAUGUGCUGACGCUAAAAAAGCAGACUCCACUACACUUGGCAUCAGCGGCAGGACAACUGGAGGUUUGUCGAUUACUUCUGGAGCUGGGAGCAGACAUUGAUGCCACAGAUGACGGUGGACAGAAACCCAUUCAUGCUGCAGCCAUGAACAACUAUGCUGAAGUUGCUCAACUGUUCCUCCAGCAGCAUCCCUCCCUUGUGAUGGCAUGCACGAAGGAUGGAAAUUCAUGUGCACACAUUGCAGCAAUGCAGGGUUCUAUACGUGUGAUUGAGGAGCUGAUGAAGUUUGACAGGCAAGGUGUUAUAUCAGCUCGAAACCGUAUAACUGAGGCUACCCCACUCCAGCUGGCUGCUGAAGGUGGACAUGCAGAUGUGGUGAAGGCACUCGUCCGUGCUGGUGCUUCGUGUACAGAUGAAAAUAAGGCAGGGUUCACAGCACUCCACCUGGCUGCACAAAAUGGCCAUGGUCAAGUUCUGGAAGUGAUGAGAUCUUCCCAGUCUCUGCGCAUCUCCAGCAAGAAGCUAGGUGUCACGGCUCUCCAUGUUGCAGCUUACUUUGGACAAGCUGAUACUGUGCGAGAGUUGCUUCAGCAUGUCCCAGCCACUGUGAAGUCUGAUCCACCAUCUGGAGCCAGUUUAGUGGGAGAGCUUGGAAAUGAAUCUGGCAUGACACCUCUCCACUUGGCUGCCUAUUCAGGCAAUGAAAAUGUUGUCCGUUUGCUGCUAAACUCUGCUGGUGUUCAAGUGGAAGCAGCCACUACUGAAAAUGGUUACAACCCACUGCACCUGGCAUGCUUUGGUGGCCACAUAACUGUUGUUGGUCUACUUCUGAGUCGAUCUGCAGAACUGCUUCACAGUGGUGACAAGCAUGGCAAGACUGGUCUCCAUAUAGCAGCUCAACAUGGCCGCUAUCAGAUGUGUGAGGUGCUGUUAGGUCAAGGGGCAGAGAUAAAUGCAACUGAUAAGAAUGGUUGGACGCCACUGCAUUGUGCUGCACGAGCAGGUUUUCUAGAUGUGGUGAAGUUACUGGUAGAGUCUGGAGCAUCUCCAAAGGCAGAAACCAACUUUGGCAGUGCCCCAAUUUGGUUUGCUGCUUCAGAGAGUCAUAAUGAAGUACUGAAGUAUCUCAUGACAAAAGAACAUGACACCUAUAGUCUUAUGGAAGACAAAAGGUUUGUUUACAACCUGAUGGUGGUCAGCAAGGCACACAAUAACAAGCCAAUUGAGGACUUCAUUCUUGUCUCUCCUGCACCUGUCGAUACUGCAGCAAAGCUUUCCAACAUUUAUGUAGUUCUCUCAACAAAGGAGAAGGAACGAGCCAAGGACCUUAUAGCUGCUGGGAAGCAAUGUGAGACCAUGGCAACAGAAUUGCUGGCACUGGCAGCAGGAGCUGACUCAGCAGGGCGCAUCCUCACGGCCACUGAUCGUCAAAAUGUAGAAUUCUUGGAUGUUCUUAUUGAAAAUGAGCAGAAGGAGGUCAUUGCGCACACUGUGGUGCAGAGAUACCUGCAGGAACUUUGGCAGGGUAACCUGAACUGGGCAGCAUGGAGGACAAUGCUUUUGUUCUUUGCAUUCAUCUUCUGCCCCCCAGUGUGGGUGACAUUCACGCUUCCACUUGGUCACAAGUACUACAAGGUUCCCAUCAUAAAGUUCAUGUCAUACCUCACUUCACACAUAUACCUUAUGGUGUUCCUCAUGCUCACAGGUGUCACUCCGGUCUAUCCAACAGUGCGACCAAAGCUGCUACCUUACUGGUAUGAAUAUGUACUACUGGUAUGGUUGUCGGGCCUACUCUUGUUUGAAUUGACAAAUCCUAGUGACAAGACUGGCCUAGGCUGGAUCAAACUCUGUGUACUCCUCUUUGGAAUAUUUGGUGUGGGUAUCCACAGCUUUGCAAUGACUGGCGUUCUGGAAAAAAAAUACUGGCCCACAGUGAUGUACGUGCGCAACCAACUGUUUUCCUUGUCGUUCCUAUUCGCCUGUGUGCAGAUCCUUGACUUCCUCUCAUUUCAUCAUUUGUUUGGUCCAUGGGCCAUCAUCAUUGGCAACCUAAUGAAGGACCUGGCACGAUUUUUGGCUGUACUUGCCAUCUUUGUGUUUGGCUUCUCCAUGAACAUGGUCUCAUUGAACCAGCCAUUUCAACCGCCGUCAAAAGUUGGACCAAAAGUAGACAAGUCUAAGGUUUCAGGAACCUUCAGUGAAGUUCUGUACACCCCACUGGAGGCAUUUGAACAUCUAUUCUUUGCUGUGUUUGGUAUGUCGAGUGUCAAGGAGGUACAGAAAUCAGGAUCAAGACCACCAUGGACAGAAUACCUUUUCAAAAUCAUGUUUAUGGUAUACAUGUCAGUAUCAGUGGUUGUCCUUAUAAAUCUGCUGAUUGCAAUGAUGAGUGACACUUACCAACGAAUCCAGGCACAGUCGGACAUCGAGUGGAAGUAUGGUCUGGCCAAACUGAUCCGCAAUAUGCAUCGCACCACUACUACCCCGUCACCCCUGAACCUCAUCACUUCUUGGUUCAUGUAUUUGCUACAACUCUGCAAACAGAAGGUGGCUCAGAGGAAGCGACCAAGUCUUGUGCACAUGAUGGGCUUGCAGAGACAGCGAAUGAGUGCCCGAACAAAGAUGGGAACUAAAUGGCUUCAGAAAGUUAAGAAAGGGCAAGUGGCACCUAAAGACUCAGCAGCUCUUAGUGUAGUCCAUCUGAGUCCAUUAGGCUCUCAGCUUAGUUUUAGCAACAGCUUGACUCGUAUUGAGAAUGUUACUGACUGGGACUCCAUUGCCAAGAAAUAUCGAGCAUUGAUGGGCGAGACAACUGAGACAAGCCAGCAGUCUGCAGAUGAUGAUGAAGAAGGAGCUACCAAUGAAUUUGCUGAAUCCAACAAUAACAUUACAUGAACAGAAAUCAUCACACAAGAUGACAAAGAAGGAACAAAUUUAUGUGGAAAUGUCAUAGUAUGCACAGCUGAUUACCAUAUUUCAUCAUUUUGCCGUCGUUGUUUGUGUUGGAACCUGUCCUGGAAACUACAUCUUCAUUGGAUAAGAAAAAGACCAAUAGAGGACCUGUAACUGUUUAUGUACACAUUUAACAGUAUCUAGUACUUCCAAGGAACAACCCCCUUCUUGUUAUGUACAGUUUCUACAUAGAAUACAAUACAUUUCCUCUUAUAUGUGCAGUUUAUAUUAACUUAAAUAUACAUAUAUUAAUAUGAA